ACCCCCUUUGUCCCAGCUCCCUCCGCCAGUGCAUGAAUGUCCGUGUGAGAGCCUCGGAUAUGCCUCUGCCUCUGCAGAAUCACGCCUUCAAAACUGCAAGAGACAUUAUAGAUUCCAUGGCUUCUCUCAAGCUCGACAGCAAACGCCUCGCUCUUUCCCUCAAAAAGGAGUUCGACUCAACAUAUGGUCCGGCGUGGCAUUGCAUUGUUGGAACCAGCUUUGGCUCAUAUGUGACACAUUCCCUUGGGGGGUUCUUGUAUUUCUCCAUUGAUAAAGUGUAUGUUCUUCUCUUCAAGACUGCCGUGGACCCUUUGGAACAAUGAUCUACCGUUUCUUGUGUUUAAUCCAUGUUUUAAGUGGUAAGAAAAUGUAGUUGGAUUGAGGGGGAUAUGUUCAGAAAAAAGGGACAAACGUACAUGGUUUUGGUUGUAUGUAGUGGUGAUGGUUUGAGGAAGUUGAUUGUAGAUUUAAGCAGUUGCAUUGGGUUUCUA